GAUUGCCAAGCGCACCGCUUUCUGCCAAUCGCCGAGUGACUCUUGAACUGACGCGACUGCCAACCGUCACCAGGAACACACGAAGUCGGAGACCUGCUCGCAUUGCCAUGCGGGUUGACUAUACAUAUACAAGGAGUAUACUUUAAUUAAACUGCCCCGAGGCAGCUCGACCAAGAGGCGCGCAAACACUGGUGGAGAAAUGGAUUUAAGCUGGGAGUAUUUCAGCGACGUAAAAUACAUUUACACGUUCGCUAACUACUAUGAGACGUGGACUGGCUGGCUGGCUGCUGUCUUCCUGGAGCUUUACAUAAAACGCGGCACCAUAGCACUGAAUGCACACUUGCUGGCCCGUUCGGCAGCGACCCGUUUGAGGCGCAACCUGCCGUCGUUGGCCGGGGCCACGAAGCUGAGCUUGACAGCCGCGGAGGCGGUGGUGGCUAAGCACGUGCACCUGCCGUGCCUGGUGGAGAGGACGGGGUCAAGCAAGUGCACCGCCUACCACUCACAACUCGUGCACUUCAUGCGACGGGAGGUGGCGCCGCGCCUGUUGCAGUCACCCCCGGACCCCAACAUGCCGCCUCGCGGGCUCGUGAUGCACGACCCGACCGGAGCCGGCGAGGCCUGCCUCCUGCGGGAAAUUGCCAAUUACAGCCAGGCCGUGAACGUGAUCAAGCUCGACGCGGCUGUGCUGGCCGCCGCCUGCGAGACCGGCUACAGCUCCCUGCUGCCGCUCCUGAAGCGGCGGAAGUGGGUCAUGGCGGCAGCCUUCAUGCUGGCGCGCCGGCUGAGCCCCUGUGUCGUCAUCCUGGAUAAGCCGCAUGAGCUGGAGCCGUACCUCCAGGCGGCAUUCAUCCAGAUGUGGCACCGCACCGUCACCGCCGCACCGCCGCCGGGCGCGCGGCGGCCCUUCGUCACCGUGGUGGUGCGCUCGGCCGUGCCGUUCACCUCCCUGGCGCCGCUGUUCUCCCGCAAGCCCAUCCCCGCCCUGGAGCAGCUGGUGCCGCAGGAGCUGAGGCUGACGGUGCUGUUCGACUCCAAGGCGGCCGCGUACGUCGCCCUGCAGCAGCCGCAGCACAUGCAGGCGGCAGCGGCAACGGAGGUGGUGGUGGCGGUGGUGCGGCAGGCCUGGAACGGAUUCACAGCCCGCAUGGCUGACACGGUCCGGACGUGGCUGCGCGAGUGGCAGGCGAGGCAGGGGCGCCGACUGCCAGCGCGGCAGGGGAUCUCGGGGAUGCUGGACAAGAUUCUGGCGACCUUCCAGCAGCGCAGCUUCUUCGCGUUCCGGGUGGCGGUGACCGUGACGGUGGUUGAGGUCAAGUGGGUCGGGUGGCUGUAAGGGGCUGCUGGUCUUCAGUGGCAACGGCGCUUGCUUGGCUACUUGCCUGUUCAACACGCGAGGCCUGUAUGUGUUGCCUGUGGGGCUGGCAUGCGGGUAUGGGGCGGGUGGGAAAGGCGGGUCUCGUCAGGACUCGUGAUGACCGCGUCGUACACACACACUUCGUCCUGGGCAGCCGCAUGAGCCGCAGAGACAGGGCUGGGACGCACCAUGUCCCGGAACGACGCGUGCACAAGGACUUGGCGGGACCGUGUCGUGGGGCGUUGGGGCGUAGCAUGGGGCGUAGCAACCCUUGCUCCCGCACGACGCCCGUGCGCCCCGCAUGUAUUAAGGCAACCAGGACUUUUCUGAUGGUUCUUGGCUGGUGAAUGGGUUCUUGUCUGAUGGGUUCAAUGGUCUGUUAGUACCGUACCUUACAUGGUCCCUGCGCCGGUGGCCGUGCCGGAACCUUGCUGUUCUGAUGCUCUGAUGGCGCUUGGCACUAGGGUAAGCACUGUGUCUGUGGCAGGAUUGCAGGCGGGAGUUCUCCGCUGGCUGGAAAGAUGUAUGUAGCUGAUGUAGCAGCGAUGUGAGUUCUGUUUGCAUUGCAAGAAGAGCCUAGAGGAUAGCCUCACAAGAUGGCCCUGGUCACCAUACCGGUAUGAGCUUAGGCCCAGCAAGUGUGACUGUAGAGCGGAGAGCAGAGUUGCAGGAAGUUGCAGGAAGGAGUUCCAUGAAUGCUGUAAUUUCGCGUCAUAACCGGCGGCACAUUGUAACUGUGCCUGGUU